AUGAACAAGGCAUUGGAUCAGAUCUCCAGAUCGCCCUUCGUGCACAAGAUCGAAGGAGCUAAAUUACCCCGACGUUUCAAUCAACCAACGUUUACCAUCUAUACUGGCCAAGGAGACCCGGUGGAGCAUGUGAGCCAGUUUAACCAAAGAAUGGUCAUAUACUCCCAAAAUGAAGCUCUGAUGUGCAAGGUUUUCCCGUUCAGCUUGGGGCCAAUGACGAUGAGAUGGUUCAACAGCCUGAAAACAAAUUCCAUAGGCUCCUAUAAGCAGUUCACUCAGACUUUUUGUUCUCACUUUAUUACAAAUAACAGAGUCCCUCGACCCCUAAGUUCGUUAUUGUCCUUGUCCAUGCGCGAGGGAGAGACCCUAAAGGCAUAUUCGGAUAGGUAUUGGGAGAUGUAUAACGAGUUGGAUGAGAACCACAAUGAUGUCGCUAUCAGCAUAUUCAAAAGCGGUCUCCCCACCGAGCUUGGCUUAAGGAAAUUUCUAACUGGUAAACCCGUUGCCAAUGUUUAUCAGUUGAUGGAUAGGAUUGACAAGUACAAAAGGGUGGAAGAAGACCAGCUACAAGGAAAAGGAAAGGAGAAGAUCAUUCCCCCUAAAGGGAAUGAUUUUAGGUUGGAACGAUAUAACCAUAACCAGCCGAGGAGAGAUUUUUCUUGA